CGGAAAAGAAUUAACACCCAAUUUAAAUAGACGAGAUAUCUUCGGAUAGAAUACGUAAAGGGUUGUUAAGCUUCGUGAGCGUUAUCAAAAUUCUAGGAAUCAAAUAUCAGACACGUUAUAGGCCUAAUGAAGAGUAAAAUAGUGUGACUUCAUUUACAUGUUUACUUCUUUUCAUCUUAUUCGAAACUUAAGACUAGUAACUAUAAAGCUUUAUACCAUGUCAUUGUGAAUUUGAUAAGGGUUGAUAAAAACAGUAACGCUUUAAUGUACUAGGUUUUAACUCUGCAGACUAAAUGUACGACAAGAACUGGUUCUUUAUGGAUUUAAAUCACAAGAAAAGUAGCUUGAUGCGCUGUUAAAAGAGUAAAUAGACUAUGUACGUCAUCUUAACCAUUGUCGGAGUGUUUAUAUAUAUAGUAUUAUAGAUAAGCGGAAAAGGUUUAUUUAGUUCGUUAAAACAAUACUAAACUAGCUAUCAUAACAAUACAUGGCAAAUGUAAAUAAGUCAUUAGUUAAUCAUACCAAAUACAGUAAUAUUGUAUCUAUUGGAUUAUGUUGUGUGAUAUUAGCUACCUCUUCCAUAAACUGCACCAGAAAUGAAGAAUGUGCACUGUAACAAAACUGACGGGACUUUUUUAGGGAUAUAUAUUCAUGUUCAUUAAAGAAAGCACAUCAAAUCAAUAAACGACCUUCCUCUGAUGAAAUAAUGCGCGCAUAUGCAGAACGACAUCUGUUUGUCUGUAUUGAACAAUGACGUUUUCAGAUCAAGGCUAAAUAUACUCAACACUAUUGUUAAUACAAAUUAUAUUUAGCAAACAUGGGGAAUAGUAAUUCUGUUCCUGAAUGGACAUUUGUUGGACGUGAGAAAGACAUUAAACAUGUUAAGAAACUCUUGCCAGAGAAAAAGUCAAUCCUCAUUUUUGGAUUGCCAAAAAUCGGAAAGACGAAAUUUACUGAACAAAUAUAUACACAAUUAAAGGACAAUAAAAAGUGCAUUUGGAAGGAUUUUGAGUUAGAUGAUAUCGACGACGGAGACGACGUGUAUGAAUUGUUCAUUGAGUUUCUCACGGAAAUUGAUGCUGUUGAAGAAAAGUCUCGAUUUGAAAAGAAAUUUUCAUCUAAAUUUAAUGAAUGUGGUACUUGUGAUAAAUGCAAAAGUCCUGGACCAGACUUAUGUUCACAGAAGGACAAAAUGAUAAAGAAAGCAAUAGAUACUAUUAUCGCUACGUUGAAAAAAGAUGGGAAGGAAAUUGUAUUAUUUUUUGACAAUGUUGACAAAGUUAUGAAUAGCUCAUUGAAAGACAAUUUCCUUCAUUUUUUACGACAAUCUGUGAAUCAGACAAAUUUACGCACAGUCAUUGCGUCAGGCAUUAAACCAAAACUUACAGCGAAAGGUUUUGAAUCAUAUGAACUAAACCCUUUGAAUGAUCAAGCUAUUCGCAAAAUACUUUAUGAAAUAUGCGAGUGUAGUGAACUGUGCCCAGAAAACGAUGAGGAAGCUUUACACAAGGUAAAAUAUUCAUCUGAAUGUUUGGUUUUUAAGCCGGAGAACGAACCGUAUAUAGACGUCAUUGUGAAAUUGUGUGAAGGGCUUCCAUUGGCAGCAACCAUGUCAGGAUUGUUGUUGACAGAGGAUAAAGGAUUGUUAAAACCAGGAGAUUUAGUUGAAAUUCUUAUAUGUAUGCGACUGACUGCCCUCAGUCCAGACAAUUGCCCUCCGGAAGACAGACUAAAUAUUUAUAAACGUUCAAUGGAAGAAGUGAAAGGUGUGGUAUCAUUCUUCAAUGCCUUAAAUGAGGGACUCGACGGCACAACAUUUAGUAUAGAUACGGCGGUUUCUGUGGCAAUUAAUGCUCAAGAAGGAAUUGAUACAGAGGCAAUGGCAAAACUUAAGGUAUUGAAGACAGCUUUGGACAGGUCAAUACUAUCUAUAGAGAAGCUUUCAGGACAUCAUCAGUUAACUUGGCAUGGGAUGCUGCGAGAAUCUCAAGCUGACCUUUUAAUUUUAAACACUUUACCACCAGAUGAGUCAGUUUCAAAAGCGAAAGAAAUGGUUCUCAAGUUUAUGAAAGAAAAUCUUCUCAAGACUGGUCUAGAUUUUGAUGAUGACAUACUGCAGGACCCUAAGUCUCUUGAGCUGGCCAUCAAAAAUCUCUCCAUCCACACACCAGUGCAAGCCCAAGACGUGAAGAGACAGUUAUCGCUUUCUGAGGAACAUAAUGAGGCUAGUAAGGAGUUUGCGGACGACCUUAAAAUUACUGUGGUGAAAGACGUCAAAGACAAAGAAGUUGACAUAGAUUUAGAAACAAAUCCAGACAUGGAUUCUAAAUGUUCAAAGAAGCUAGAAUCUCGAUAUUCAGUUUCAGAAGAUAAUGAGCUAGAAUUCGAAAUGAGAUACUGUAGAACUUCGGAAAAUUCAUUGAUAAAUAUUCAUAGAGCAAACAUAUCAGGUACUGAACAAAUUGCAGAUAAUCCUCCCCCCUAUACAACUCUUCCAUUGGAAACAUCAGGAGCAUCAGGUUUUAAUAAGGAGAAUGAUAUGAAUAAACACUUGUUUGAGUCUAUUGAUUCUCCGCCUCCGAGCUAUCAUUCGUCUACCGAAGAUAUCCCAAAUAACGAGAUGCACCAUCAAGAUAAUAAUCGAAAUGAUCAGUACCACCUGCAAAAUAUUCCUACCGCUACAAUUCGGUCACAUUCGUUGUCACAAUCUCACAAUGUAAUGAAUGAUCUCCAACUUUUACAAGUUGGAAGGGAGGAUGCACAGCAAGAUAUAGAUAGCCAGCGAUUCAGUAAUGGUGUUCGUCGCACCAAGUCAGAUCCUACAAGUGAUCGUCCUACAGGUCCACCAGCUAAGAAAUAUAGUCCACCAAAUGUCGACAAUAAUCCACAGAUUGUUAAUCGUCAUAAUACUAAAACUGGACUAUUUGGCAGUCAUACUUCAGAAGUAACAUCAACAAAUGCGGAUGAGCAGAUAAAGUAUCUCAAAGAACAUCAAGAACUUCAAACGCCAGAUGAAGUAAGUGCUGGGAUCUAUGGCGAUUCAACUGUAGGGCCAGAGGCUAUAUCUUAUAGGGUCAAUACCGUAAAUGAUCUCAAAUUUGAUCAGGGACAUCGUCAAGAUGAAAAUGCAUCUUUAGCCCAAUCAUAUAAUAAGCAUGAUCAAAUGUGUGUUGAUGGUGACAGUUCACAGAAUGUUAGUCAUGAAAAUAAAAACAGACUGUUGGUAGAAACUGUAUCACAAAGACUUUCUCCUACAGCAAUAGUUAAACCUAUGCCAAGACGAAAUUCUCCUCCAAACAUCAAUAAACAAACCCUGUCUGAAAGACCAGUUCAGAGCGUGACACCAUUCAGAUGAAUAUGCAGGGAUUCACGAACAUCAAUUGUCAAUUUGCUGUGAAUAUUAAUUAAUAACCAUUGUCUUAAAAUCGUAUACUUAAAAGCAUUCCUCUUUCUGUGUAUAUAUUUAUAUUAUUAUUCACUGCCAUACUUUGUGUGUUAUUUUUAUACUUUGAAUACAAUAUUUUAAUAGAGUAACAUAUACAUGUACAAGAAGUGUCAGUAUUAUGUAAGUUUUGACGAAACAAGUCAUCUUUUAGUUUCAAUAGUGCGUCAGGUAGAAAAGUUUUCCUUGUAAUCGAGGUUAUAUACGCAUGAUUGUACGGUAAGUAUUAUUAAAGGGCGUGUCUUUCUGGUCUUCCCGGAGUAAUCAAAUAGUAUAGGAAGUAAGCUCAAUUUAUACAAGAAAUUGCCUGGAAGUAGAGUGAUCACAGUGAGAUGAGGAAAUGUUAUCAUGUAAACUCUUUAGAAUAUGUUGUUAAAUGUUAUGCUGUAAAGUUAAUGAAAUUAAAAUUCAAACAACGCACUUUUACAGUAUAUUCUGAUAUUUUAAAAAUUGCCAUAAUGUGUCAUUGUAGCCACACAUUUGUUAAAUAUUAUGGUGAAAAUAAUGAAUUCUUAGUUGUUCAUAGGCAAAAUGUUUUGUUUGUUGAUAGACAACGAGUAAUCUUUUUUUACAAGAAAUUGUUCAGUCUCAAUUCUUACAUUCUCCUCAUUAGUUAAACUUUAUAUACUAGUAAGUGUUUUACCUGAUGUGAUUUUAAUUGACGUCAUACGUCAUAUAUUACGUCACAUGACGUGUAAGCAUUUUUUAUAAACCGUUCAUAUAUUGUGUAUUAAAGCACUCGACUAUCCUGUUUGAUUGUUGAAUAAUGUAAAUAGUAUUGAAAUUUUCUAUAUUUAUCCAUUUCAUGCGUUAUACAUGAUGUAUUUAUAUAACAUGACUAUAUACAAACCUUUAGAAUAGUACAUUAUGUGAUAUAUCCAAAAUAUUAUUUCAUUUAAUAUUUACGUAUGUGUGGAUGUAAAUGUUAUAUAUACUCAUAUUGAAAUCUCAUGUAAAUAAAUUUGUAUUCCUAUUGUUACCACCGAAGAUGUUGAGUGAAUAAUGAUCAUGUUUUGCAUUUUAAGCAGUUAAACUGGUAUGAAGUUGGACUGAACGUUGCGAUUUGACAGAAAUUUCACUAAAACAAUACAUAGGUUAGGCAGCUUUGUAUGACAAAAUUUUAUUUAUUAUUAUCACUACUGUGACAUUAUGUAAAUUUUUUACUUUUCACAAUUUCUUCUUGCCAUUUAAUGACAGUGUUCAAUUUAUAGACUUUUUGUUAGAAAUAUUUUAUGCAUAUCAACACAAUGAAGUAAUUGUAUAUGUGUUUCAUUUUUUAAAAGUAUUAUCAUUAGUGACAUAUUCAUUUGUACGUGUUAUGUAAAUGACAAUAACUGCUUUAAUGGAAAAAAGAAACAAAAACAAACAACUACUGGUCAGGGACCAUCAACCGGACACUUUUUGAACAUUUUUCCAUACAGAUUUCAUAAUUUCAAACCUAGAGACCUAAAAAUUCGAAACAGUACAGCUAGGUUAUUCUCCUAACUAACAAACUAGUUUGUUUAUUUCUGAUUGUAUUGACACUUAUAUCUGAGGCUCGUCAAGGAGGGUAUCAAAAUUACCUAAAUUGUCUACACUACAGUACCAUGCGUCCGGACAGAUAUGUACAUGACGUGAUUUAAUAGAUAAAAGCUUGGGUGUUUUAAUUUUUGAAUAUUAACAUGAUAUACAAUAUUUUAGCAACACAUGCUGAAAUUUUGGAUAUUCUAUUGUUUACUCUGCAAAUGAUUAUAGCUGGUAUAUGAGGUCAGGCAUGGCUUUCUUGGCGCCCAAAUUUCAACGUCAACAUUUUUGAAAUAGACAUUAAAAUAUAACCAUUUACGGAGGUUGAAAUGAAUUUAUUUACUUAAUUAUAGAAGAAACAUGCAUUUCUUGUUGAUAAAAAAGUGACUGACAACCAAUGAAAAAAAUAAAUACUAAAUCAAGCAUUUUCGGGGGCGUCUGGGUUUAGUGGUUGUCCGGUUUUGGUGGUCCCGAACCAGUAUACA